AUGAAGACCGGCGCCAUUGCAGCCGUCCUCGCUGCAGGCGUCGCCGCCUCGCCAGCUCCCGCCAAGCGGGCGUCCAUCACCCCAGUCACCGUGAAGGGAAACGCUUUCUUUGCCGGCAAUGAACGUUUCUACGUGCGCGGUGUCGACUACCAGCCAGGCGGCUCGUCCGAGGCCAAGGACCCCAUUGCCGACGCGGACGCGUGCAAGCGCGACAUCGAGAAGUUCAAGGACCUGGGUCUGAACACGAUUCGUGUCUACACCGUCGACAACACGGCAAACCACGAUGAGUGCAUGAACGCCCUUGCCGACGCUGGCAUUUACCUGGCGCUCGACGUCAACACCCCCAAGUACUCGCUCAACCGAGCAGCACCUCAGCAGUCCUACAACAAGGUUUACCUGCAGAGCAUCUUCGCCACCAUUGAUGCUUUCAAGGGGUAUGACAACACCCUGCUUUUCUUCUCCGGCAACGAGGUCAUCAACGAUGCCGGUACCUCGUCUUGCGCGCCCUAUGUCAAGGCGGUUACGCGCGACAUGAAGUCAUACAUCAACAGCCGCGGAUACCGCGCGAUCCCCGUAGGAUACUCGGCCGCCGAUGUGGCCGAGAACCGUCUCGAGAUGGCUAAUUACAUGAACUGCGGUCCUGACGCCGUCCGAAGCGACUUCUUCGCCUUUAACGACUACUCUUGGUGCGACCCGGACACCUUUGGCGAGACCGACUGGGGCCAGAAGGUUAAGAACUUCUCGGACUACAGCAUUCCUCUCUUCCUCUCCGAGUAUGGCUGCAACAAGAACAAGCGUCAGUUCAACCAGGUCGCUGGCAUUUACAGCGACGAGAUGGAUGCUGUUUACUCUGGUGGUCUUGUCUAUGAGUACUCUGAGGAGGGCUCCAACUUCGGCCUGGUUACCAUCGAUGGUGACAGCGUUACAACGAACGAUGACUACGCUGCUCUCAAGAAGGCUCUUGCCGCUACCCCCAAUCCUUCCGGCGAUGGUGGCUUCAAAACCAGUGGCUCUGCAUCCCAAUGCCCUACCAAGUCCAGCAACUGGAAUGUCACCAUCUCUGACGACGAGCUGCCAGCUUUCCCCGACGGUGCGGAUACGUACCUCGAGAAUGGAGCUGGAAAGGGACCUGGUCUUACCGGUGACGGCAGCCAGACUGCUGGCUCCGCAACCACAAGCCUGGCUGCCGCCGAUUCUGGUGCUGUUACUACCGGCGCCGCUAGCGGUUCUCAGGCCUCCGGCAGCAAAGGUGCUGCAGCGGGUCUCCACCCCCCGGAAUUCUCCGCAGCUCCUCUCGUCUGCGGAUUGGUGGUACUAGUCUCCUCUCUCCUUGGCACGACCUUGAUCUUCUAA